AUGGGGUGUAAAUGGCAAGCUGAGAUGGGUCAUGUGUUGCAUAGAAAAAUUAUUAGUUUUAAACCUAUUUCUGAUCAUAAAGGUGAGACAAUUGCAAAAGAACUUGAGAAUUGUUUGAUUGAUUGGGGUAUCAAAAAGGAUGGUUUGGCAACGAUGGGUAAUAGUGUGGUUAGUGUUCGUAAUGCAGUGAAAUGGAAUUCUACUUACCUCAUGUUGUCUGCAGCUUUCAAGAAUAAGGCAGCAUUUGACCGAAUGAUUGAUGAGGACAAAUUGUAUGAUUCUUACUUUCAAGAGGAUGAAAAUGGAAAGAGAAGGGUUGGGCCGCCAUUAUCAGAUGAUUGGGAGAAUGUUCGUCGAUUGGUACAGUUCUUGAAAAUAUUUUAUGAUGCAACUUUGGCUUUUUCUUCAUACAAAAAUGUGACAUCUAGUCAUUGUUUCAAUGAUAUAUGCACAAUUGAAGCAAAUUUGAAUGUUUUCACUAGUAGUAGAGAUGUCAACAUGAGUAACAUGGCUUUUGAAAUGAAGAAAAAGUUUGAUAAGUAUUGGGAGGGGCUUGAGAUAAAUAAAUUGUUGAUUAUUAGUAGUGUGCUUGAUCCAAGGAGCAAGAUGGGUUUUGUGACAAUUUGUUUUGAAAAAUUGUAUGGUAAAGAUACACCAAAAUGUAUUGAAAUGAAAGAAGCAAUAAUGGAGGUGUUGCGUAAGUUGUAUGAGGUAUACAAUGCGUUGUAUGCUAAACCAAGUGCAACAACAAAUCAAAGUACGAUUGGAUGUGGAAGUGGAAGUGGAAGUGAGAGUGGAAGUCAAUCUUGUGAAACUAGUGAAAUGGAAUUGUUAGAUGUUGGUGUUAAUGUUGAUAUGGUUUGUGAAAAAGGAGAUGUGGAUGAAACAUCAAAUGAGUUAGAUAUAUACUUGAUGGAAAAGAUUGAAAAACCAACUCUUAAUAGAUUGGUUUCUAGUGUUGCAUCUGGGUGUGCCUUUAGCACCCCAGGCCGUAUUUUGGACCAAUAUCGGAGUUCGUUGACACCUUAUAUGGUAGAGGCAUUGAUAUUGACACAAGAUGGGUUACUGUCUUCACUUCAAUCUGAUGCAACAGUAAACCUCUUUCAAAUAUUAGAGGAAACUGAGUUUAUGGAUUUACUUGCAGAAGCUAAUUGA